AUGGUAAAAGAAGAAAAUGAAAAAUUCUCGUAUGUUAAUAAAAUAAAAUUUACAGACAUAACAGGUGACAACAAAACGGAUAAAAGAGUAGAAUACUUAUGGAAUUUAGCACUUUCAACGAUUUAUGAAAAUGCAAAAUUAUCAACAAAAUAUGUUACACUAAUAAAGAAAAUCACAAAAAAUAAUUUAAUUUUUGAUAAUAUAUGCUGUCAUUAUUGUAAUUUAAUAUAUAUCCCUUUUUAUAACUGUGAGAUUAAAAAAGUCCAAAAUAAAAACACAUUACUUUACAAAUGCUUUUUAUGUAACCGUAAAAGAAGAUUAAAUUUACAAUGUUUUACAAAUAAUGCAAAAAGUAAUUCUGUUAAGAAUAUUAGGAAAGAUCGAAUAUUGAGUAGCUCGGGCAAUUUGAAAUCUUUCCUUAUUAAUGAGAUCGAUGACUACGAAAUAAAAAAAAAAAGCGAUUUUGUAAAGGGAGCAGAAAGUGCAUUCACUGAAGGAGAACCUUUAAAUGAGCUAAGGGCUAAUAAAGAUAAUUCUCAUGGGGAAAAUAAGGGGGAAGCAAUUGUGAACCAUCUUGAUGAUAAAAGGGGUAAUGAUAAACGAAGUGAUGAUGACGAUCGAGGUGAUAAUAUUAGUGAUGAUAACAGUCGUGAUGGGAACGAAGGAAUGACCAUCAAGGACACCCUUUGUCAUAGCAUGGAGGGCCUUUUUACCAUUGACUAUGGUCCCAGUAGUUGCACUGUUGCAACAAGGAAUCUUAAUAUUCCAUUAAAAUGCAGCAGUUACAAUAAAAUGUGUAGCCAUCUUGAGAUUUAUAAUAACUCCAAAAAUAAGAACGAUCCGUGUAUAGGGGGCAACAUCAAAAAAAAAAUAAAACAUAAUGAAGAUAAGAAUAAUGUGAAUUGUAUGAACAAAAAAAGAAGUAUGUACAACGAGAAUAAAAGGAAUGUUGAACAUAAAAUUAAAUCAACUGGUAAAACAGACAGCAUGAACAACUGCUUUAGCGAGUUGAGUAAAAAAAAUGAAAGACAAAGCAUUGUUAACUUUGGCAAUAGUAAUAACUUCUUAAAUUUUAACAAAUCCAAAAAAAAAAAAAAAAAUAUAUUAGAUAUCCUUUAA